AUUGUGUGUGAAACCAGCUUGACACAUCAACUGAAACAUGAAUUUCCCUUUAUGGAAAGGGGCAAGGGAUGUGCACGAAUCAAUAAGACAGUUCCAGCCCCCCAGUUGGGCAGCGAGCUUUGGAUCAUUACCAGAUGGAUGGUGCAUCAAGAAAUGAAACCAUUUAGAUGCUUUCAGGAUGAUUUUCCACCAGAUAUACCCAUAGACACCCAUCAAAGCGUUUUUCUGGGCACUGACAAUAACACAUUUGCCGUUCAUUUAAUUUGCUUAGAUGGAACUUCCUCGGAACAAAAAGAUGACAAUCAUUAUUAUUUGGUUCAGACAUACUCAACAGAGAAACAUCCUGCAAAGUCCACCAUGAAUAAAAUAAGAAAGAUUCAUGUGGAACAUGGGCUGAAAAGGAAGUGGUUAAGAGGAUGUCAUUAAAAAUAAAUGGUUAUAACAUUUAAC